AUGAGGUCACAGCCCCUCCGAGCCCUCCUCCUCCCUCCCGUCCCUCCCGCUCCCCGGUCUCCUCGGGCGUCAGGCGCCGGGCACUGAGAAUGAGGCGACAGCGCGCAGCGAUGGAGUAGCCCAGGAGGUCCCUUGGAAAAUGAGGCCAGGGUACCUGCUGCAGCUCGGGCUGCUGCUCGCCCUGCCCAGGAACCUGUGGGGCAGAGGGUGUGCGUCUCCACCCUGCGAGUGCCACCAGGAGGACGACUUCAGAGUCACCUGCAAGGAACUCCACCGCAUCCCCAGCCUACCACCCAGCACCCAGACUCUGAAGCUCAUUGAGACUCACCUGAAGACCAUCCCCAGUCUUGCAUUUUCCAAUCUGCCCAAUAUUUCCAGGAUCUAUUUAUCUAUAGACGCAACUCUGCAGCGGCUGGAACCACAUUCUUUCUACAAUUUGAGUAAAAUGACUCACAUAGAAAUCCGGAACACCAGAAGUUUAACUUACAUAGACCCUAAUGCUCUAACGGAACUCCCCUUGCUCAAGUUCCUUGGCAUUUUCAACACUGGACUUAGAAUAUUCCCUGACCUGACCAAAAUUUAUUCCACUGAUGUAUUCUUUAUACUUGAAAUCACAGACAACCCUUACAUGACUUCAGUCCCUGAAAAUGCAUUUCAGGGACUGUGCAAUGAAACCUUGACCCUGAAACUAUACAACAAUGGAUUUACUUCGAUUCAAGGACACGCUUUCAAUGGAACAAAGCUGGAUGCUGUUUACCUAAACAAGAAUAAAUUCCUGACAGCUAUAGACAAAGAUGCCUUUGGAGGAGUAUACAGUGGACCAACCUUGCUAGACGUGUCUUCCACCAGCGUCACUGCACUUCCCUCCAAAGGCCUGGAGCACCUGAAAGAACUGAUCGCAAAGGACACUUGGACUCUCAAGAAGCUCCCACUGUCCUUGAGUUUCCUCCACCUCACGCGGGCUGACCUCUCCUACCCAAGCCACUGCUGUGCCUUCAAGAACCAGAAGAAAAUCAGGGGACUCCUAGAAUCCUUGAUGUGUAAUGAGAGCAGUAUCCGGAACCUUCGUCAAAGGAAAUCGGUGAAUGUCUUGAGAGGUCCCAUCUACCAGGAAUACGAGGAAGAUCUGGGUGACAACAGUGUUGGGUACAAACAGAACUCCAAGCUCCAGGAGAGCCCCAGCAACUCUCAUUAUUAUGUAUUCUUUGAAGAACAAGAGGAUGAGAUCAUUGGUUUUGGCCAAGUGCUCAAAAAUCCUCAGGAGGAGACUCUGCAAGCCUUCGACAGCCACUAUGACUACACCGUGUGUGGGGACAAUGAAGACAUGGUGUGUACCCCCAAAUCAGAUGAGUUUAACCCCUGUGAAGACAUCAUGGGCUACAAGUUCCUGAGAAUCGUGGUGUGGUUUGUCAGUCUGCUGGCUCUCCUGGGCAAUAUCUUUGUCCUAUUUAUUCUCCUUACCAGCCACUACAAACUGACGGUGCCACGUUUCCUCAUGUGCAACUUGGCCUUUGCGGAUUUCUGCAUGGGGGUGUACCUGCUUCUCAUUGCCUCGGUAGACCUGUACACACACUCUGAGUACUACAACCAUGCCAUUGACUGGCAGACAGGCCCUGGGUGCAACACAGCUGGGUUCUUCACUGUGUUUGCCAGUGAGCUCUCCGUGUACACGCUAACAGUCAUCACCCUGGAGCGAUGGUACGCCAUCACCUUCGCCAUGCGCCUGGAUAGGAAGCUCCGCCUCCGGCACGCAUACACCAUCAUGGCUGGGGGCUGGGUUUCCUGCUUCCUCCUUGCCCUGCUCCCUAUGGUGGGAAUAAGCAGCUAUGCCAAGGUCAGUAUCUGCCUGCCAAUGGACACCGACACGCCCCUUGCUCUGGCGUACAUUGUCCUUGUUCUGCUGCUCAACGUCGUUGCCUUUGUGAUCGUCUGCUCCUGCUAUGUAAAGAUCUACAUCACAGUCCGGAGUCCCCAGUACAACCCUCGAGACAAAGACACCAAGAUUGCCAAGAGGAUGGCUGUGUUGAUCUUCACCGACUUCAUGUGCAUGGCCCCUAUCUCCUUCUACGCCCUGUCGGCACUUAUGAACAAGCCUCUCAUCACCGUUACUAACUCCAAAAUCUUACUGGUCCUCUUCUACCCCCUCAACUCCUGCGCCAAUCCAUUCCUCUAUGCUAUUUUCACCAAGGCAUUCCAGAGGGAUGUGUUCAUCCUGCUCAGCAAGUUUGGCAUCUGUAAACGCCAGGCCCAGGCAUAUCAAGGUCAGAGAGUCUAUCCGAAUAACAGCACUGGUAUUCAGAUUCCAAAGAUUCCCCAGGACAGGAGGCAGAGUCUCCCCAACAUGCAAGAUGCCUAUGAACUCCUUGGAAACUCCCACCUGACUCCAAAAAUACAGGGACAAGGCUCGGAAGAGUAUAAGCAAACAGCCUUGUAAAGUGAUGUUACUCUUUUCACAGUGGGAUUUUAAAAGGCUGGUUUCUUGAACACACAUUUUAAUCUACAACACACGGAUGCCUAGCUUCAUGCAGGUGAUGUUUCAUAGGAACACAGUUCAUCUCUAGAGAGUAUUAUCUCCAAGAAGGGAGAUAAGCUAUCAGCAUAUCUGAGUCCCAGGUGAUAUAAAAAUAGUCUAUACUCUCUGGGGGACUUGCCUGAUGCUCAUCUGUGAUACUGUGCAACAUGUUCCACUGACACCAGCUGGAACAUUCCCACAUCUAUCUUCUCUGGUUUAUGUAGUGUUGCUUUAUAAAAAAAAGAGUCAACAGAUGGCCAGUGUUCAAUUACUUAAGCAGCUCUCUAUUGGAUCCCCUGAUAUAACCAAAGAAAGUUUUUGUUCCUUAAAAUUAACAUGUGACACUUGGGAGGUGAAGGCAGGGGGAUCCAAAGUUCAUGCUUAGCUACAUAGUGAGUUUCAAGCCUGCCUGGGCUACAUGAGACCCCAUAUCAAGAGAUCAAAAGAACCCUGGAAAACCAAACACAACUAGAUGGCAUGCAAUUGCUUUCAUUAAACAUGAAACGGGAGAAGUUUGGCUUUGAGGGGAUUUUGUUCUUUUCUUAGACUCUGAAACAAGUAUCUCUUCAUCAGAAUCUACCUGCUGUGACCCAACCGUUAUGCACUGAUUGGAGAAACUGCUGAGAUUUCAUCUUUUGUGGCUGAGCAAUCUAAGGAGUAUCUUCUUGUAGAAGAUGUGAGCUCCGGAAGGCAUUUCUAGGCAACACAUGGGAAUGAGGACCGAGUACACUUUGUCACCUGUUGAACAAUAUAACUAUAGGUCACUUAAUAGUUGGGCUUUGAGUAAGUCCCUGGAAGUCCAAAUUCUCUAGAAAUGGAGCCACUUAUGCCCUCUUCCAUUUUAAGAACUCUAGGUAUAUCUUGUCCUCAAAGAUACAUUUUCAUGACAAAGAGAAAAAGCACCAUGUAAGAAGAAUCUGAUUUUUCUGUCUUGUGGAGCUGCUGUCUACUUCUUUUUGGAACCAUGAUACGACCCAAAAGAUUUUUCUUUAUUUCAAUUUGAUCAUCAUGUCUGAACCAAAAAAUUCUACUGAGUGACUAUAUGGAGACAGAUCCUAGUUAUUCACCUAAUUCCUUUAUCUAUACUGCUGUUAAGUCCAAAACAGACUGGAAUUUGUGUAAUAGACUAAUAAUACAGCCUGGUGAUGUGGUUCGUGCCUUUAAUCCCAGCACUGGGAAGUUAAGGCAGGUUGAUCUCUGAGUUCGAGGCCAUCCUGGUCUACAAAGCAAGUUCUAAGACAGCCAGGGCUACACAGAGAAACCCUGUCUCAAGA